AUGCUUCGGAACGACUCCGUGCAGGGCUUCUCGGUCUCGCAGCCCAACCUGGGCGCUGCCCUGCAGUUCAUUCCUGCUAUGGGCAGCCAGCUGCUGGACCAGCUAAUCCAUGCCUACAUUCCCGGGGAUGCUUCCAUCCAGGACAAGCGCUCAUUCGUUUCCAUGGACUUCUUCGAGUACUCUCGCUUGACCGGCGAGACCUUCAGGUACUACCCAGUAGCAGCACGUAACACGGCAACCUCGUCUGCCAGUUCAAGCCCCGCCCAGGAUUCCGGAUACGCAUCCCAGUUUGUGUCUCCCGUGAUUUCGGACGGUAGCUUCUCGACGCCUGCCUCUGUCGACAUCGCGACCCCUGCUUCCUUCUUCCAAGAUACUGCUGCCCAGCAGGCCGCCAAGAAGGCCCCAAAGAAGGCCGUCGCCUCCUCAUCUCGGUCGCCCGCUAAUGACUUCUCACACAUCCCCGGAAUGAAGAUCAUGACCCGUGAUGGUCUGGACAUCACAAACUCGGCCUCUCGCGGCUGCAAGACCAAGGAGCAGCGCGACCACGCACAUUUGAUGAGAAUCAUCAAGGCGUGCGACGCCUGCAAGAAGAAGAAGAUCCGAUGCGACCCUAGCCACAAGAAGCGCACGACGACACAGGCACAGGCUCCGGCACCCUCUCAAUCCCAAUCACGACCGAAGCCUUCCAAGAAGCUCAAGCAAGCCGCAAACGAACCACCGCUUGCCGCGCCACAAGAUUUAGGCAUAUUCGAUGCGUCUUCCUUCAGCAUGGAUGACGCUUUUGCCGACUUUGAGCUUCCCGCGACCACAAUCGAGUACCAAGAGUCUUGGGAGUCAUUCGUUCACUACGAUGAUGAGCCCAUGUAUGGUGUCCCUGUUGACUACGACUUCUUCUUCGACCCUGCCGGUCACUUCUCGCCCGGUUCGAACAGCUCUGUAUCCUCCUCUCAGCCAGCCGUCACUGCCCAGUCUCAGCCAGUCUCUCGACCACCAACCACGCCACCGUCUCUCCCAUACAUGGGUGCUGGCAGCUCUGGUUCCAACUACGUCGACUUUGAUCUGUUCUCGCCUGCUGCUAGCUUUAUUGACGACGAGUCUCUGCCUGUCAACGACAUUGCCAACUUCCACGGGGAACGUAGGAGCGACAACGUGGCUUCCAAUGCCCGCCCGUCCUCGUCGAACCCUACAGCGAGCGCUAGCUUGAUUGGCUCUCUGCCCGGAUACCUCGAGAUUCAAGAAUGGCCCGAGCCGGGCCUACCUUGGUACAACUCUGGUGCGGAGACGUUGGGUGUAGGAAGGCAGAUGCAGACACAGAACACACCGCUGGUGUCAUCUGAUGAGAGCCAAGCGUCCGGUGCACCAUCUGCAGCAUCUCCACAGCUCCCCGAUACUCAAGUGGAUGAACCUCUUACAGAUGCGCCAAGGACAUUCAGCACCACUAUCAAGCUUACGCCCUUCGGUUGCUGGUACUUCCGAGAUUACUACUGUUUCGGAUGCGUCAUCCUCGACAACGGUCGCUGCACGACUAAGGACUGGUGCGUCAAUGCAGAGGUCACAGAUGUCGUCGUCAGCCAGCCUCGCAAUUUCGCCCCAUGCCCUUGA